UUUCCUGUAAAGUAAAAUAAAAGAUCCAUCUUGGAACAAAUGAGAAAUCAAAGAAACUGUCGAGAUGCACGCGGUUCUACUUUUCCUACGUUCAACUUCCGGGAAAGCGUGUGGGAAGACAACGCACAACACUCCGCUUCUUCUCCACAUCUUUACAAUCCAUUCAGUAGUGCAUUGUCUGAAUUUUCUUGGAACAUUCUACUCUGCUCUCUGGUCUGUGAAGGAAAAGGAUACCUGCCAAGUUCGUUAGUCAAAGGAAGAUUGCAGGAGUUUUCUCGUCCUGCCUCCAUCUUAUAGGCUAGCGUUUCCACAAGAAGAAAACACGGCUCCAUCGUUCCACAAUCCAUUACUAUCUCAUCACAGCGUCCGCAGCUCCCGGGCAAUGUGUCUACCUCGGCAUCGGGAUCGGGAGGAGAAUGACGACGGUGGCGAAGGAUCCCGCCGAUCACCACCGGCGAAGCGGCCCCGGUGCUCCUGCAGCUUCGAUGACAGGCAGAUGGAGCUGCUCGAGGAGAUGCGAAGAAUGCUACAGGGGCAAAACGAGAAGAUCGAAUUCAUGUAUAGGGAGAAUCAAGAGCUCCGCGAAAAAGUUUCCUUCCUAACGGCAAAUUUAAGUAGACUUGGCGGCUACCUCCAGCAAUCUCCUGCCCCUAGGAUGUUAUCUGAUAAUAACUGCAGUAUACCUCGUCGAUUACAAUUCGUGAAUUCAUGCAGUAACGAUAAGUACUCAACACGUAAUAUAGAAGCAGAUGAUAAGAACCUCCUUAAGGUAGCUAUAUAUGAUCAUAACAACAACAUCAUAACAUGUGAACCAUUUUCUUCAAUGAGAGUUCACAUUGUAGCCAUUCAUGGUGACUUUGACGAUGACCAUAAAGGACAAUGGACUGAACAGUACUUUCGUAGUAAAAUAGUAACUGGGCGACCUGGAAAAGAACAUUUGCUCUCUGGGAGUCUGUAUUUUAGGCUGCAAGAUGGUGUGGGUUAUCUCAACAGUGCCAAAUUUCAAGAUAAUUCCAGUUUUGUUCCGAGCAAAAGGUUCAAGUUGGGGGUCGUGGCUGCUGAUGUAAGAAUCUCAGAAAGAAUUCAAGAAGGAAUAACUGAAUCUUUUGCUGUCAAGGACAUACGAGGAUUCUCAACAAAGAAGAGUGGCAAUCCAACCCCACGUGAUGCUGUAUAUAAACUGAGUAGGAUCGCAAUGAACGGCGAUAGGCACAAGUUAUUAGAGCAGAAUGGUAUCAAGACGGUGGGGGAUCUUUUACGUUUCUACAGUAGAAGUCCAGAAGAUCUGCGCAAAAUUAUGGGAAAGAUUUCUGACCAAGAUUGGGAUAAGAUCAUUAAUCAUGCUCAUAAGUGCAAUCCAAGGCCAGGAAUUUACUCUAGUUGCAUUCAAGAGAGGAAUGUAUCUCACGACAAUGAGCCAUUUUCUAGAAGCAAUGCCAGUUUAUACCUUGAGGGAUCAUGCUCAGUGCAACGAAGUCCGACAAUACAAAAGCAACUUGAUGUCCAUGUAGCUCACCAGCAAAAUUUGACAACAUAUAACGGAAUAUCAUCUGGUGCAUCAACAGAAAAAGUGUCAGAGGAACUUGAGGGCAUCCAAGUUGCCGACCAGCAAGUUUCAUCCGUAGGAAAUGGGAUUCAUACCUUGGAAGGGUCUAGCUCACAGCAACAACGUUCCUUGGAGCUCAACGUAACACCUGAAGGGAAUGGAGUGUUACCCCGUAAUCAAUCUCCAUUUGACAUUGACGCGCUGCUAGAUCUGGAAAACUUCUCUGGAGACGAUUCGUGGGGCAAUUUUGAUUUCGGUGAAACAGGUCUGGGAGGUUCCUGCAAUUCAGUUGAGCAUAGUGGGGGACCUUCAUCUAUCAAUGAAGCACGUAAUAUGAGCUAUGGCGGACUUUCAGCUGCCAGUGAAGCAGGUAGUGUAAGUUAUGACGUACUUUCACCUUUCAGUGAAGUGGCUAGUAGAAGCUACAGGAAAUUUCGACCAACACGGAUCAGAAAAGCAGGUGGUGUAAGCUAUGAAAGUACAGAUUUCAGGGCUGAAGACGAAUGCUAACCAUUUUUGAGACCAAUGCUGAGAUCAUGGAUGCUUCAUAUAUUAGUUCAAAGUGACUGCAGUUUGCGGAACUGCUUUCACAUCUAGUUGUGUGAAGAUGAUGGAGCAGGAGAAGCUGGAAUAGUUUUUAUUUUUGAGAGGAGAAGCUGGAAUAGUUGAUCAUGAAGAUUAAGUUGAAAUUAAGGAAUUUGAACAUGGCUAGAAACCCGGGGUGAUAUGAAUGUUGUCUGGUUUUCUGGGGUUCCCAUUAUUUACUGCCUGCGUGCAUUCUGCUAUCUGAAUUGUUGAUGCUACUUUGUACUCCCUUCGUCUAUUUAUGUAAGAUAUAUUUUAUUUGAAAAAGUUAAAUUUU